AUGCUGGAGGAAGUGGUAACUCACAUCAUUUUGAUAGUCGAAAUUAUCUACAGAUUUCUGAAACAUUUGAUGAAUAUUCUAGCAGGAAAUGGAAUGAGUUUAUUAACUUUAAGUGAGGAUUUACCAACUAGAAACGCUGCUUAAAACUAAUAAUAAAUUUCAUUAAACACUCAGUCCUAAUGGUACACUGAAAUAUUCUCUUGGGGUUCAGAUCAGUCAGGCUAGCUGGGUUUAGGUUAGAAUCAAAUUGGGAAAUCAUAUCCUUUACCUAGGUAUUGCACUUAUAACAUUGGAAUAAAAUUUGUUUCAUGUGGAGAUGAGCAUGCAGCAUUUAUUACGACUGGAAACUUGAUUUACACAAUGGGAAGUAAUAUGAAUGGCUAAUUAGGAAUUAAUGAUGCCGAUAUCAAAAUUAAAAACUCCCCAAUAUUAGUUGAAAGUAUAAUGGACAAAAAGCCAAUAUCAAUUGCUUGUGGAUAAGCUCACACUGUAAUGUGUACAGAUUCAGGUGAGAUAUAUUCUUGGGGAUAAGGGAUAUAUGGAGCGUUAGGCUAAGGUGAAUUAGUGGAUUAAUAUUUACCUAAGUUAGUCAAGAUAAAUCAAGAUAUAAACGAUCAAAUGCCAAUUAUAAUUUAGGUCUCUUGUGGAUAGAGAUUUACAGCAUUCCUUGAUUAAUCAGGAAGAAUUUAUGUAUGUGGGUAAAAUGAAGCAGGUCAAUUAGGCAACGGAGGAAGAGAUUAAGAAAUAUAUCCCAUUUUACUUAGAACUUUCAAUGAGAGAGUAAAAAUGAUUGCAUGUGGUUAGAUGCAUAUGUUGUUACUUAAUAGAUCAGGGAGUGUCUUUGCAACUGGUGCAAAUAGUUUCGGCUAGCUUGGUUUGAAUAACAAGCGAAACGCUUCAACACCACAACUUAUUUAAGAUAUAUCACAUAUUCCUAUGAAAACUAUUGCUGCUGGUUCUUUCAGUGCAGCCAUCUCUUAUGAUUCAGGUGAUCUUUACAUUUGGGGAUCAGGGGUAUUUGGAGAAUUUCUUACACCUCACAGAGUUAAAACAAUCUAAGGAAUGACAGUAGAUGUUUCUAUAGGAAAUCAUUUUGGUGUUGCUUUAAAUAAGGAUGGUUUAGUGUAUACAUGGGGACAUAAUAAUAGCGGAGAGUUAGGGCAGUUAGAUUACUAAGAAAGAGCUACUCCUUAACUUGUUGAGAACUUGAAAGAGAGAUUUGUAACUUAAGUAUCAUGUGGCAGAAACUUUACUAUAUCAUUGGGAUAAACUUUAAAAAACAAUGAAUAGCCUUAGAGAGUUUUGAGGGAAAAUAAUAUCGAAACUAAUAGGAUGCACCAACCUUAAAAUCAUAUUACCAAUCCUUUUCUCAAUGAUUCCUUCCAUAAACAAUAGUAGAAUCUUCAUCCCGAAUACCAAUAUAGGAACGAAGGCCUAGAUCAUCAAAAUUAGAAUUAAGAUUCUUUUGAAAAUACUAGAACGAGCAAUUAACUUUCCAUUGCAAAGAAAGUUAGAGUUAAAAAAGCUAAAGUUUAACAAAAUAGUAUCAAUAAAUCAGCAAUAAUAAGUAACUCAACUUCUAUGACUUAUCACUCAUAUUAAAACUCAACAAAAAAUCGUUUGAAAAAUAGGAAAGGCUCUAGAUAAUAUACUCCAUUGCGCAAUUCUCCUUUAAAUCGAUCAAGAUAAAGUAUAAACAAUAAUCACAACUGCUCAAGUUGCAACGGCAAUCAAUCUAAAACUAGAGAAAGAGAGUGCUAGAGAUGUAAAAAUCAUCACCAUCAUUAGCAAGAAAGGGAAAAUUCAGCUACUCACUCUCAUCAUAAAAAUAUAAUUCAACUUUAGGUUAAAUCUAGAAAAACCAAAAGCAGUAAUAAAAUCAAUACAUCUUAAGACAGAAUGACAGGUAAAAAUGAAAGAUUGAAUGAGGGAAUUACUGACUAUAACGCUUAUCAUAGUUAAAAUUAAAAUUAGCCUAUGACUCAGCCUCAUUAAUAGAUUCCUCUUUAGGCACCGAUGCCUAACGCCUAAAUAUUAAUUGAUAAUACUCAAAUAUUGCAUUAAAAUCGUAUUAACUAGCAAUUAAGAGAUGAACUUGAUCAUCAGAUAGAGUUAGAUAAGAAAUAUCAGAGAGAAAUUCAGGGCUUAUAAGAUACUUUAUGGAAUGAAAAGAUUUAGAGAUAGAAGUAUGAAUCUCAGAUAUAGGAACUAAGUUUGAAGUUACAGUAGUAAUAUUCUGAGAACUAAGACUUGAAGAGCUAGAACCAGAGUUACUUGAUUUACAAGGAUAAGAAUGAAUCGAUUGAAAGGAGAUUCUUAGAUUUAGAUGGAGAGCUAUCACGAUAUUCACAUCUCAACAAAGAACUAUUGAAUGAAAACAAAGCACUUUUAGGUAAAAUUAAGGAAUUAGAGUAAAUACUAGACAAAAAACGAAAGGAACUUACUAAUAAUGAAUCAUUAAUGAUUUAGUAUGGGGAGAAUCUGAGGGAAUUAGAGAUGCAGUUUGAUCGCAGAGAAUAAGAGUUAAAAAUAUUAAGAGAUCAAAAUCUGCAGUUAAAGGAGUCUCUGGAUUAGGAGAGGACGAAUAAUACUAAUGUAAAGUAAAUUUAGAUAGCUUAUGAGGAGGAAGUUAACCGAAGAUUGUAAUGUGAAAAGGAACUAGAAAAGAUAAGGAAUGAAUACUAUGAAGGUUAAGCAAGUUAAUCAUAAGAACUUAGCAAUGUAAGAAGAGCAGUUGAUGACUUAAAAUACCAGAAUGAGGAAAGCCUGAAAUGUAUAAAUAUGAAAGAUCAAGAGAUAUUGCUUCUCUAGAAAGAUGUAACUUAGAUUAGAAUGAUGCUAGAUUAAGCUGGAUAAGACUAUUUAAAUUCUAAGGAGGUUAUCAGCGAGUUGGAGCAGAAAAAUAGAAAACUAAAUGAAAAACUUAAUGAGGUUAUAUACAACAAGGCUGCGAGAUAUAAAGAAAAGACAAUGCAAGCCUUGAAAAGAGGUGAUAGUCCAGAGAGACAUCAGAGAAUACAAGAUUACGGAAUUAAUAUAGAUUAGGAAAGAGAAUAAAAUAAGCCUCUUCACACUGAGGAGAGUUAAGCUAUUUCAAGACCUUAAUAUAGAAACUAACUUAGUCCUCAAAUUAAUGCUUUCAAUCAUAAAUCUCCUAAUUCUCCAGAUCCAAUAUCAAACUAUAAAGUAUACUAAGAUCUUGAAAAAUUUGAAAUUAGUAAUACCAAGCCUGCAAAUACUAAUCAAAGCAGUAACCAAAACCCUUAACAGCCUUAAAAACUCAAAAACAAUUCUAUGACUGAAAGACCUAAAGGAAAUCAGAUGACUAUAAAUGAACUCUAUGCUUUUAAUAAUGCCCAUUUGAGAAAUGAUAGUAGCUACACUUAAAAUAACAGUUCUCCACUCAGGCAGAAGAUAGGCCCAAUUAACUAUGAUCCAUCCCAACCCAUGGUAAUUAAACCUUAGUAAGUAGCAGUGAUAAAGGAAGAUUAGCAUAUUACUCCGUAGAGACAGGAAUACUCAAAUGCUUUCCACUAAUAUAAGGAAAAAGUACUUGGGUCUUGUGACAAACUAGCUAGCGUCUUAGGAAUCAGCCCUAAUUAAGUUGGCAAUAAUAUCAAUAAUAGUGCUUAAAAUUUUAAUAGCUAUCAGAAUUUAAGAAGUAAGGGGGCCAAUAGAAAUGAAGAUAAUUUCUUUAUUUCCAAUUCAAAGGCUAAUAAUAAUAGCUCAGGGUUUUAUAAUUCAGCUAAAAGCGAUAAAGACAAAGAUCUAUCCUCCAACUUAGGUGCAAACAAUAUGAAUUAACUUUAGCAUCCCACUCAGGCUACUGCAAUGACUUCGGGUUUGACUUACUAAGGUGUUAGAUUUGCUGGAAAUAAGCAUUCACACGAUCACAGUCACGAUCAUGGGCAUGGCCAUGUUGAUCACAAGCAUGAUCACUCCCACGAUCAUCACGAUCAUGGACAUCACGACCAUCAUCAUGAUCAUCAUGAAUAUGUAUACAGCAAAGUCCACGAUGCUAAGCUCUAAAUCCCAACUGAUGAAGACAUUGCUUACCAACUCCCCAAGAAAAUUAUGUUCAACUAGAGACUGUACUAGUGGAUAUCAGGAAGAUGGACUCCAGAUAGAGAUGAUGUUCUCUGCAAUGAUAAAGUAAACAAAUUCUCUGCCUACUACUGGUUCGGUCACUAUUCUUUCUUGCAAAACAGAUUGGUUUUGAAUUUAGUUAGAAGCUUCUUCGACUCAGGAAACUAGCAUGCUGCUUCUCAUCACGAUAGCUUCAGUGGAGUGAAGUCACAUGAGAAUGGACACUUCCUUUACAAGAGCACUCAAGCCGAUGGCCUCGUUAGACAAAGAUUUAUCGACUACGUAAUGCUAGGUUGCUUAGGUGCCACAGUUACUGGCAUGUCUCAAGUUGCUAUCAUGCCAUUCAUCUACUUCCUUCUCUUCACUCCCAGAAAGGUUGCCAUUAUGACCUAUUUCACUUUCUACGCUGAACUUCUACCACACACAGAACAAGUCGUCUUCCAUAAAGUAGACUUCUUUGGCAGCAUUAGAAGAAUCUAUGUAGAUAUUAAAAAUCUUGAGAAAAUUGAUGCCAGCUAGGUUCAUAGCAAGCUAUUAUGGAACAUGAAUCUAUUCGACUAAGAACUAGUUUUCAGAGACUCCGAGUCAGGAGAAGUCUUUGUGUUUGAGACUAAUGGGCUUUGGAACAAAGAAACUCUAGAAAAUAAACUUAUCAAUUGA